GCCUAUGGAAAUUUCAAGGCGUUAUCCUGAAGGUCAUGAGCAUCUGAACCGCGUAUCGAUUAUCAAGUGGGGGAAAACACGUUGCUAAUCAGAUUUCAGAAGAUACUAAUGUGUGACAGCUGUCCCCGUGCUAGUCGGUUGACACUGUGAAUGUAUGUGGUCGACACCGGAGGAGAAAUAGUUCUGCUUCGACUGAUCCAGUAGCUCGUCGUGGAAUCACAGAGCUUCCCUGUCGCUUUAUUCGGUUCGCAGGACUUAAAUAUCGAAAGGUAUUCAAGGCCAUUGUAGUCAUUUCCCUCGACUAUUCAGUGAUCGCCAUCAUGGCUCUCCAAGACCACUCCUCCCCGCCUUUUAUCGUUAUCGACGGCGUCCACAACUUUCGUAUGAUAGGUCAACCCUUUAUCAACAUUAAACCAAACAUCAUCUUUCGGAGUGGUGAUCCCAUAGGUAUCACAGAGGAGGGGAGAAAAGAGUUGGUGGACCGACUCAAAAUUAAAACCAUCGUCGACAUGCGUUUAGAACGCCCGCCCGUCGAGCACAACAUUGAUGGUACCCAGUGGCUGUUCGUUUCUUCUGAGGAGCAACAGACGAGAAAGGAGGUGCAGCUGAUCGAGUCAUGGAUGCAGCAGUUAGAGCUAGCAGAACAGCAGCUGGAAUUGUGGGUGCAGGAGGCGGAGCUGUAUUUGGAGAAGGAGAAGGAAGAGGAUGGAGAGCAACUGGAGAAGCUGAAGCAGCAGGAGAUAGAGCUGGAGAAGCAACUGGCAGAUCUGGAGAAGCAGCUAGACGAGGAACAGUCGAAACCAGAGCAGUGGAGUCAAGCAUUCCCCCCUAAACUCAACUUGGACAAUUUCCAAGAGGAUGCGAAAAAAGAAUUCAUCAAAACGUACACCGAGGCACUGAAAGAAAACAAAAGUGCCUUCGAACUUUUCUUCAAACAUAUCAAGAACAAUCCCGGUCAGCCAGUCCUAGUCCACUGCUCCGCCGGAAAGGACAGGACAGGGUUAGCGAUAGCUCUACUUCUUAUGACCCUCGGUGUGGAUGAUAAAGCCAUCGCUCAUGAUUACGCGUUAUCGAGCAUUGGCAUCAAGCCUAUUUCUCCAAAGAUGAAGGAACAGCUCAAAGCACGUUUCGAGGCUAGUGGUCGUGGAUACAAUCCACAAGGGAUGGAGAACUUCCUUGAUGUAAAGGAUGAGAUCAUGCUUGCGGUACUGGAGGCAGUGAGGGUUGCCUUCGACGGAAUAGAGAACUAUUUGAAGACAUAUUUGAAUUUGACAGCCGAAGAUAUAGAGAUAAUCCGUGGGAGCUUGGCUGUAAACUGAUUUCUUGUACAUCUUGUAUUCACCCAGAUACUAGUCUACUAGUCUCGUAGCAAUGUAACAUCUGACCUUUGGUGCGAAU